AUGGCCGCUCGCUUGUGGAUUACGUUAGCCGGCAUUAUCUCAAAGUCCAUCAGCGAGCUUUUCGAAUUCAAGAGGGAUGGUAUAUCAAUCUUCAAAUCCAUUCACCUCAAGCAAGAGGACAAGGAACAUGCUUUGAAAUUCCUAGCAGAAGUUGGUCAUGACCUGUUCAAACAAAUUUUCUAUUCGAACCGCUCCGAUACCAACACUCACAAAAUUGCCGAUUAUCUUUGCAAAGAGCUCAACUGCUCCAGAACAUACAAGAUUCAGGUCGUCGCAGAAAAAGCGCCCAUUCCAUGGGGUAUUCUGUAUGCCAGAAAAGAGACAGAGAAGCCGAGUUGGGACUAUUUUAUUGGCAUGCGACAUAUGUUGGAGCAGAAGUCUCUGAGAAAUCCCGACAUCCUCCGUGAGAUGACUUCUACCAUUUGUAGUAGUCCAAAAUUGUUUGUUGGAGCCAACCUCACCACUGAGAAAGAGUUCGGUGAUUAUGUUGAGCGCCAACGCAACUGGUGGAUAGCAAGAGCAUCUGACAACAGCAUUGAAAUUCACACCACGGAAAAGUGA